AUGGAUUUGCGACUCGCGCUUCAAGGUGAAGUAAUUGAGCAAUGCAUCAAAAAAAGAUGGCAGUUCAGUAGGCGUGGUCGUAACGGUGAGAACAUUUUUUUGCGGGAUAUUUUCAACAAGAUGGUUAUCUGGAUCAACAUGUUCAAACAGAUUGGAGAUACUGUCGUGCAAUAUGGCCCUGGACAUGCUGCGCUUCCUUGGGCGGGAGUUCGCUUCAUCUUACAGGUUGCUGUUGGUGACAUUGUCAAGUUUGACUUUGUCGUCGAAGGCGCGGAAUCAAUCUCACGAAUGAUAGAGCGAUAUGCGAUCUUUGAGGACAUCUAUUUACGUCGUACAUCAAAGGCUUCAAUAGAGCUUGAAAAUGCGCUCGUUCGGUUGUACUCGACGAUACUUGUAUAUCAAUCGAAAGCUAAAAGCUUCUUCGAUCAGAGCUCGCCGAAACGCGUAUCAAGGAGUGUCUUCGUCACGGAAGACGAAUUUGCAAGUAUUGCCAGAAAAAUAGACCUUGAGCAGUCCAAUGUGGAUCGUUGCGCUGCUAUCUUGGAUGGAGAGAACCAAAACAAUUUCAGCAACUCUCUCGAGGCACUCUCAGUCGGUCAUUCCGAGAGGCAUGCAGAGCUUAUAGAGCUCCUCCACCAUUUGGACAACUCUAAGCGCUACGAGAUCUUACGGUGGAUUUCCCCACAGCCUUACCUGGAACAUCAUGAGCAGAUUUCGAAGAAUAUUCUUGCUGGUACGGGCAAAUGGGUACUCGAGGAUCCAAUAUACGCAGAAUGGCACCAAGGAAGCACAUCGUCUCUCCUUCGGCUUCACGGGAAAGCCGGCGCCGGAAAAAGCACACUCGUGUCUAUUGUAAUCGAAGACGCAGUGAGAAGGUUCGAGGCUGGAAACAGCCCACCCCCAGUCUACUUCUAUUGCUCCCGAAAUGCCGCUGAACCCGAAGGAUACAAUCCAGCUGCCAUAAUUUCCAGCAUCGUCAGACAGCUUUCGUGCGCAGAGCCUGGACUUCCGCUUUUGCCUCCAGUCAUCGAGAAGUACGAGAGGAAAGGUCAAGGAUUCAGCUCUCGGGGUCUUCAAAUAGAAGAGAGCUGUGAUCUCAUUACCAAGUUGGUAGAACAUUAUUCCAUGACGACCAUUGUCAUCGACGCUCUCGACGAAUGUGAUCCCGAAAAGCGGGAGAUGCUCCUAGACGGGAUCGAAAGUCUGCUGCAAAAAAAUUCGUUUGGGCUAGUGAAAGUGUUUCUAUCGAGUCGUGACGACCAAGAUAUCGUAUGCACGCUUCGGGACUAUCCACAUCUUGAUCUUGUUUCCAGCAGAAAAUCAGGGGAUAUCGAGGUCUUUGUCAGGGAAGAAACCGACAAACUAAUCAAAAAGCGACGUUUGUUGCGCAACAACCAUGCCAAGGAGGCACUGAAAGUUUUGAUUAUUGAUGCAGUUAGUAGAGGCGCUGAUGGCAUGUUCAGAUGGGCGAGUCUGUAA